AUGACAAGUGAAAAGACAGAUGUAAUUUAUCCGACUUCCAAGAAGACAAAAUUUGAACAACUUCGCGCAGACCAUGAAUUAUUUCUUCAGGCUUUUGAAAGUAAGUUCUGUCUGAGAUGUCAUGUAUUUCGUGCCGACUCGCUGAAAUGUACAUUCUCAGUCCGGCGUUUAAACCAACGAUUUUUCCGUUUUCAGAGCCAACUCAAAUCUACCGAUUUCUUCGCACUAGAAAUGCUGUCGCGGUGAGUUGAAUUCUUUGUCCUUUAAUUGAUUAAUCGUGAAAGUGCCGUGGAGUUCGAUCUUACAGUAGCUUGUUAUGUAUUCGAUCAAUCGAGACGUGAAAGUUGUCCCAUGCGUAGGCGUCGAAUAGAAUCGUAUACCUUGGAUAGUUUGAAAAGUAUUAGGAUUAACCUUCCAACAGCCAUGAAGUAGAUUGUCGUACUAUACAAGUAUAUAACAAUUGACUGUUUCUACAGCCUGUAUUUCUUCAUCGCACCCUGUCGUACAUGAAGCACCGACGAACCUGCAGAUCGACAAAAAAACGGUAAGUGCUUAGCUUGCGUACUGUGAGCUUUAUCAUCGCAUAUUUUCAUUUCUUCUUCAUAAACGUUUAUUUAAACAAAGUUAAAGGAAUCCUUCUGCAUGUUAGACUAGUAACUCGCAGACUGGUUUGUUUAGAAUUUUAAUUUUGCUGAAUUUCUAAUAGAUUUAAACAAAGACUUUCAACACGUGUCGACCGUUCACACGUGUUUCUGUUAUACUCCAGUUGAAAUUCUCUCAGAAAAGGAGAUCUUCCAACCACAGCUUUAGGAAAAGAAGCUGUCCUCGCAAUCACCCGGCUGUGUUACUCUUCUUGAACGCAGUGAAUUUUUAGGUGCGGUUAGUUAUGAUAUAGCCAAGCUCUUUACUGCGGUUUUCCCUUUUCUCUCGCCACCUUGGCAUACCUUUGUAAGACGUUGCCUAUAGUGGAAGUUUGGGAGUAAAAUCUUUAACAUUACCACUGUGCUCUUCUCUUGGACAAAAUUUUGACACUUCUUUGUUCCUUACCACCUGGGGACAAGCCAUCAGCCAAGGAAACCUUGUAAAAGUUUGUCAGCCCUGUUAUGGUGCACUUUUGACACCGACAUGUAUAAAGAUCACACCCAAGCAGUGUGUUUUUUCUUGUGCAUUUUGCAGUUAAAACAUUUGAUGCAGGGUUUUUCAUUCUGACAUACAGACAAACAAACAGCCUUUAUUUUACCACAAUACAAAAUUAAAGCUCUGCAUCCUCUGGGGUCAUGCAAAAAAACAUUGUAAAACUAAAAAACAAAAUUAAAAAACCAAGUUGAUAAGCUAUGUAUACACACCCCUCUACACUUAAGACCUUUUCUUAAUCCCCGGUAAAAUAUUAUCAGACUCUGUGCACCUAAAAUAACGAAUCGAAAGGGCUGUUGUUAUUGAAUUCUCUUUUAAGGUCCACUCUUUGAAAACAUCAAUUGAAUGGAUUUCUUCAGUUUCUAUUGCAAAUUCCUUCUCAGUAACACAUCGUUCUAGGUCACAUUCUCUCUUGUGUCAUUAGUUCAAUUUUAGUAGAGCAUCCUUGAAAAUUCUUGUGUUUUUGCUAUGGCUGUUGUUAUCCAAUCUCUAAUACUAAGGUAAGCCUACAGGUUACUUAAUCACUGAAAUGUGGGGAAGAAUGAGAAGUUAUUUAGGUUUACCUUGGCUUAUCAAGAUUUAAAAUAACUAAUCAGUACAGAUCAAUUAAUUGAUUAUAACCACAACACCUUGAUGUUAAGAACAUAUUAGUUUGGCAUAUUUUUGUUGUCACAAUCUAUCUGUAGCAAAUAAUUUUCUGAAGUUUGCAUUUUGUCUUUUGAAGUGUUAAUCUUUAAACAGUUUCAUAUGCUCUUAUACCACAUAGCAUACACAAAAAAUAUUUUUGAGUUUCUUUUCCAGCCCUCAUCUACAAGAGGGACAUGAGUUUUUGAAUCUCUUUCUGAUGGCCAGUACAAUUGAUCAACUCAGUUAUCAAAUUUUUGCAUUUCAUUCUCCAUCCAAGCAUCACCCAGGGCUCAAAAACAGUCCCGUCUGUUUCUCUGGGAUGAGUAGUUUUUCUUGCUGAGCAAGUUACUGUUAAAGCCACUUGUCCAGUGGGCAAAAGUCCAGGCAAGUAAUCCACCAGCUAAAUCAUUAGCCAAGAUAAGCAAGUAAUUGCUCUGUGCAAGCAAAACAUGAGAGAUGCUUGUAUAAAGGAUGUACUGGAAUUCAAAAAGUUUUUUUGGAGACCAGGCCCCCCUCUUAUCUCGGGGUCUGGAUGACCAGCCCCCUCCCCCUUAUCUGAAGGUCUGGAUCUGCCACUGAUCCUUAGUCAAGUUCUGUUCACUUCUAACCAGGAAGCUCUAAACAUUAUAUAAACUUAACAGGAUUAAGGCUUUUCUCUGUGUUUGCUUGUGACAUGCCUCUGUAACUAGUCAAAGCUAAUCAGAAGGAGCUUUUCCCUGUGUGCUUAGCUUUCAUCAGUUGUCUCAUCUUAAUAGUGUGGUGCUAAAUCAAGCAUUAUUUUUUCCAACUUUGUAAGGGAAGAUUCACCGCAUCCCCGUGGUAGAUCCCUUCAGUAUUUCUAAUGUGCACUGGUACCACAGUUACACACAAUAAAAAAAUGGCUUGUGAGAACUGUGAAAUGGUCUCCCUACUUAGAACUUAAGGGUUUCAAUGUUACAAAAUAAUGCCAUUAACUCAAAGGUAGAGGUCACAACAAGUACAAUUUUAUCUCUGAUGUUGCUCUUUAAGGUCGUCUUGUAUCAUGGCUAACUUGCUCUUGUUAUAGCAUGCACUAUCUUGGCACUAAAUUAAGGUUUCCUGGAUCCCCCCACAGUCUAUCACAUUAUGAUUAUUGUUCAACUGAGAAAGAUGACUGUGGAGAAGACAACAGGAGCAAAACCAUAGCUGCUUUAUGUUGAAAAUUUCAGUUCAUCUAGCACAGACAGCGAAAUUUCUUUAUUUACCCUUUAUCAGCAUCAAUAACCUACAAGCUAAAUGGCUGAUAGUGGCACAGUUAAAUUAGAAACCCCAGCUAGCGGAAUACAAACAAGUUGGAUAUAUAGAAACAUGAUUUAGGUGCUGAUGCCUACUCUUCAGUGAAUCAAAAACUUUGUAGAAAGCAUGUAUAACUCUAGAAAGCUGCCUCUUGAAUUCAUCGACUCUGAGCUCUUUAAGUGCCAACUGUAAAUAGUUUAAGCAAUGACAUUUUAAUUUUUACAAUUACAUUACCUUCGAGUGCUAUUUUCAUUUUUAAAAUGUAAUAUUAUGUGAUGUUUUUAUUUUCUUUGUAGUCGAGACUUCAAAGUGGACAACAUGUUGGAAAAAAUUCAGAGUGACAACAACAGAUUGGACUCAACAGACCCACUGUUAGUAAAUUCUUUUAUACUGCAAUGAUGAUAUAUCUAAAAUAUGCUUGGUGGUUACAUUUCUUCUUUAGCUAGAAAACAGAUGCAUUAAAAUCACACCAAUAAAGUCAAAAAUAACUUUUUACAUAUCAUUUGUCAUACUUAGAUCCGUGUCUUUUCAGUUAAUACAUGAAAGUCUUUAUUUCCUCUACAAAUCCAUUUGUAGUUCUUUUGCAAAUGUUACUGCCCUUUCCUGGUUUAAGUGCUCAGUAAAAAGCCAAUUUUCAUAAAAGAAUGAAAUGGCCAUGAAGCAGUUUAUUAGGCAGGCAUUCAAUGGGCAAACAAGGUUAGUUUUUUCUUCAAAAUAAAAAUACUUCUACAUUCAGAGCGAAUUACAAGGAAGAAAAAAUACAAAGGAAAUUUACUAAGUUGAGAAGAAAAGAAAAGAAGGACAGAAAAAGAUCAUGCCUAAGUAUUUUUUAAACAAUGCAAUACCAAUACUGGCGACUGCUGUUAAAGGACCUUAAAUCUUGCAAAACGCUUAUGGAAAAUGAUAAUUGUACCCAACGAUUGUUUUUAGGUGGCAAGGAAGAUAGUCUGUUAGGAUCUAGAGAAUUGUAUACCCUGAUUACUAAAUUUCCUCAUCUUUUCUCUACAGUGAAAACAGUGGAUAUAUGAACCUUACUUUCACUGGUUUUUUUCAUGGAUCUGGUCCAGGUAUAUGAUUGGAUUUUUGCCCAAACCAUAGUUUGCACGAACGGAGUUGGAAGUGAAUGAAUAAAUGAUUGAAUGAAUGAAGAGUUUUUAGAUUUAUUUGUUUGUUUAAUUGUAUGUGUUCAUUUCAUCUUUUAGCAAACGGCGAUCUGGCUAACAGCAAGAAAAGCACAUUGCUGGUCGAAGAUUUCAUCAAAGUUGAUGUAGUUCUUGUGAAAAUAUGUCAUAAGCGAAGGAAGGUAAGUCGCAGUUCGAUUCGCGGCGUUCUGGGAGGUUUAUCUUAGAGCCCGUUUUCUUGUGCAAUAUUAGGUGCUGAGUAUUUGUUAACAAUUUGCGAGUUUAAGCAACACUAUACAACCUUGUUUAAAGGCCAGUUGCCAAGAAUUCAUAUUUUAGUAACACUAGUUUUACGUCUCGUUACGUAUAUGUAAAUAAAACAUUUUGACUGUGAAUUUCAUCUUUAUAAUAUUUUGGUGAUAUGCGUUACUGACUAAGCGUGACUGGUUCAAGAUAGCUGGAUUUUAGCCAAGUUCUUUUUGUCUCGCUCCGUAAAAACGCCAAGAAAGUUUCGCGGGAACAAUUUUUUGCGAAUUUGAACUUCAGACGUUUUUGUCGCGAAAAAUUUUUCGUGGAUAUUGCUUAUGAUAUUCCAUGGGGCGCUCGAUGAAAACAAUAUUUUUGUUCUUCGGUAUGAUGUACCGUCUUACCCUUGUAUAGUACAUUGUAGUUUAACCUCAAGACUCUCAGUGGUUCUGUUACAGUUGUAUUAGCAAAGGUCAUAGUAUUGUCCGCAGUCAGUUAAAUUGAAUUUGUGAACAGGGAAUAAAUUUUCUUGGUUUCUUUUUUCGUGGGAAUUAGUUUUUACGACAAAUGAUGGAAAAUCGUGGGAAUUCGCUAAAAUCACCUUCCUCGUAAAUUUUGUGCAAUACUGUCAUUCCAAUGCAAACACGUAAUAAGCUAUUUCUGAGUUCCAAAUACUCUCACUUUUAAAACGAGGCCAAUUAAAAAACCUCUCUUGAGAAAAUGAGUUUUAUUUGCAUGAGAAUAAAAAAUCAAUUUCAUAUCAAUAGCUUCGCACUUUGCCUCGCUUGACAGAGGCUUAGGGUAACUAGGAAAUGGCCUGCUGAUUUUUUUUUCUUGUAGGAAACUGACCCACAAGUGGUAACAGUUCCACUCGGCCAAGGCUCCGCUCCUUUUAAUCCUCGCACUCAAUUGUUACCAGUUUCCCCCUCUGCCAGUGUCUCUGUUCCCAGUGGUACAUUCAAGAGCGGUAAGACGAGUCGAACGUGUAUUCUGAGCCUGCAGGUCAGCGUUCCAUAUCGUAUUAAUGGUAAAGGCACUAAGAAAAAGUUGAAGAAGAAGGCAGGAGAUUCACAAUCAGAUGUCCCAGAGGAAGAGAAUGGUAUUCACUCUUAAUUUGAUAGUAUUCUACAGAACAGUGUUUCUGAAAGUUAAGCUUUGGUAAAAUGAGUAAAAAAAGCCUUCAUCUAAGCGUCAAUGUUCGAAGUGCUUAUUGAUGAUCACACACCAUUUCUAAUUGGUGAUAAAGAGCGUUUUCAAAUGACGUCGUGGCGACGUCGUGGGAGUUGAACUUUUUUCUUAUGUAAGCGCUUUUUUGGUUCCAACAAUGGCCACGUGAGUGAAAACGCUCUAUAAACCCGCUAUCUUCGUCUUCAUUGACUUUAAGACCCUGAGUAUUGAUCUGGCCGGAGGUCGAUCCUGCCCUUUUUCCUCUGUCCAGACCAGCUCUUUCAACUAAUCAUGAGCUCUCAAUUCGAUAGUUCAGUAUGUUUCUGCACUCACAUGUAAAUUAUAUGUUGCUUUUUUUUAUCCCGAGCACGGCUUUAACUCGGCUAACUCUUGCAAGGGGUGACCAAAGCUGUUCGGAGGCAACAAAGGCUGUGAAAUUAAAGUUUAAGAAAUGAAUGAGCGUGAUAGUAAAAUCCUGGUUACUACGCAAAUCAUAACUAAAUUGCUACCCUUCAGGUAUUACCGACGCAGCUACUUCAGAAGAACCUCCUAUAAAACGGCGCCGUGUAGCUCGCGGCUGCUCGGCCGACGUGGACUGGGACGAAGGCAGUGCCUCGGAAAACUCCAACACGUAUGAGACAGAGAACAAGGUUUAUACCGCUGAGCUGAUUGUGUUUGAUAAUAACAAGCAUUGUCUGCUCACUGACGGCGAUUACGAGCUGGCACUGAACGAAAAGAACAAAAAACCGGGAAGAAAGAAGGGUAUUUUGUCAAACAGAACGUCUUGGGAGAACGUUUUUGAAGGACAGGUGAGUAAACAGGGACUGAUAGUAAUGUUAAAUUAUGCAAGAACGCUCUUUAAACAUGCGAGUCUCGCUUGCUUGGAGAUUAGAAAAGAAAUUAGUAGGCGAUUAAUUCUACACGAAACAGGAUUUCCUCGCUAAAAGUCUUUCACGUCCUACUUUAUCGACGGUCGAGUAUUUUUCAGGAUAUUUACUUUUUAUAUCGUAUUUGACGAUUUGUUUCUGAAUUGAUUGAGUACGCGCGUACAAAUACACGAAAAUCAAGGGCUUCCAUUCGAGAGAAAUUACGUCAUUGCCAGGAAGCAAAAACGUGAUGAACAUGGCUCAUCAUUUCAAUCAUCGCCGAAAAUAAACUGCAUGCUCAUCAACCGACUAGAUUAAUAGCCUGCCCAUCGAAAAUUCUUUUUUUUUUUUACCACCUGAAAUAUUCACUUGUCCCAAAGUAAUCAACGCUUUCAAGCGAUAGAAUUUGUGGACCGACCAGUUCCAGAAAAGCUUUUUCGCAUUAAUCUUUCUUAAGAUUUCUGAGAUCUUUUAUGCGUUCUGGCACGAUUCUUAUCCCCAGUUUCCACGGUGUUCGCUAGGAACGCUUGGGAACAUAAUUCCCUUUUGGCCGGCACACACACGAAAAAAAAAAGAAACGCUUGCAUUUUAGAGUCUUGCUGCUAAAUCAAGCGAGACUAAUUACCGCUUCGUUUAUUAAAAAAGACACACACACUUCUCUGUUCUGUUCACAUUUAAGCGUUAUAUUUGGAAAUAUGACAAAUUUGAGAAUUAAUAGUACGGUCUCUCUUUUUCUUCGGGUUAAGUGAGAUGAGUGAACCGCGUGCGAGCCUCGAGCGGCGAAGCCACGAGACGCCAGAAGCGAGGGGCGGCAGCACCAGAAGAAAAAAGAGACAUUGCUGGUAUUUCGCCCCUCCCCCGUCUGGCGCCAUCAGUCACGUACAUGAUCAUUUUAGUGUCUCGCACGUUUCGCACGACUGACCUAGAAAAGAGAGAGACUCCAGUUCGUAGUCUUAUUCUAAGGAGUAGUUUGAUCAUUUCAAUUGUAUUUUCUUGGUGUGAACGUCCGUCAUUCAGUACCAGAUUAUUGUUCAGUGGAGCAUAAGUAAGAAAGUUUUAGAUCGAGGGUUAUCGUGACGUCAUAACCUCACGUGAUUAAAAUUGAUCUGAUUGACUUCGGCUAAUUUAGCAGGCAGGACUAAAUUAGGUAAUUCACGCUGGCCAUGUUCUUGUUGGCUUGCCUGUUUUAAUGGAACAGUUAUUUUCUUUCUUCUUGUAGAUGGGUCCUUUUGAAGUAUUUGCUUACGGCCCCACCCUAAAGUUCAAGCUCUCAUGGUCAGGUACUCCAGUAGCCAGGCCUCCAAGGCGUCCCUCGUCACUUCCGCUGCGUUCACCGCUGACCACGCAAAACGCUUCUUCCACAAACGACGCUCGAUCUCCCGCUGAGGAGGCCGACGGGAACAAAGAAAAUCGAAAGAAACAGCGAAUAUUUUACCAGUUUAUUUAUAAUAACAACACGCGUCAACAAACUGAGGCCAGAGAAGAUCUUUACUGUCCUUGGUGUUCUAUUGACUGUCGUAAGCUAUACAGUUUGCUCAAACAUUUGAAGCUUUGUCACAGGCGCUUCAUCUUCACUUACGCUGUAAGUACGGAGAUUAGUCUGCGAGUAGCCCUUUAUUUCAAAGAUGGCGAUGUGAACGAAAUGCGCAAGCGCGUGCAAUGGCGUUUCCCGCGAAAAGACACGAAUCGCCAGGUGCAGAGAAAGCGUUUCCUUUCAAACUCCGUGGGAAGCGAUUUUCCGCGCCCUUGAGCGUUUCGUUUGCUUUGCUAAAAUAGGAGACUGAUUGCAGUUUUAUUCCUAGGGUGAAAUCAAGGAAGAAAACUUUUGCCAAGAAAAAAAAGUGUGGUUUACGUCAAAUUAAGUCUGGUAGCCGCAGUUUAAUUUUUGAAUAUGGUAUUGAUAUUUCAGCAGUUUAAAUAAAUGGCCAUUCAAACUUUAAGUUGAAGCGAUUUUUCUUUUCUGUAAGAAUGUAAACAGGAACAUCGGAACUGUUUUUGAAUUGUUUUGCGAAUGAGACUGGAUCUUUACUUUGGGGGAUGAGUUUAGAUCCAGUUUCCCGUGCAACGUCGUAAUAACCAUGGCAACGCUUCCCCAAGAUAGUCCCAUAAUGCAGUUCGUCAUGACACUGACUCACCGACGCAACCUCGAAAUGGACAAUCUGCAGUAAGAUUUUAUCAGCUUAUUUCUGGUUUGUUUAUGUUUUAGCCUCACAGUAAGGGUGAGAGAAUAGAUGUUAGCGUCAAUGAGAAUUACGAUGGAUCCUAUGAUGGUAAACCCGAGGACAUGAACGACCUGCUGGGCUACGCUCUUAGUCGUGAAGGACCGUCCAGGAGAUUGCCAACUACUCACGUGAUGGUUUGGAGGUAACGCAAAACGUUAAUUUGUUUUUGGUCAUGCGCACUAGAUUUAAAAAGUUCUAGCUUCGUUGCUGAAAUAGGUUACGAGUAGAGCGAGCGGAAUACGGGAGCGUGCGUGAAAAUUAUUGUUCUCUCUUCCCUUCGCGUGUUAUAGUGUGCUAGUUGGUUUCUACUGAAAAAUUUGAUGUCAAUGUUUACGUGAAUAUAUCUUUUUUCUCAGUUUUUGAGACCAAACUGUUUUUCUGUAAAAUCCAUUUUUGUACCUUUUGCAAAGAAUGACCCCCUUCAUUGUCUAUUGCUGAGUUAUGGAUGCACUCAACGUCGAAGAUUGAAUUUGAUUAGGCGAAUUUUCUAGCUAUGAAGUUUUCUCUUUUGAUACCAAACGGUUUUUCGUUUUUUUCAGAAUUCCUCGAAGAGAAAGAACCAGACGACGGCGAGUUAGAUGGCAGUAGACCAUUCUACAAUGGACAUCAUAGGUACGUUUUACUCACUACUCGUCACAGCCUCGCGUGCGUGGCGGGAAAGGUACAGGGGAAUAAUUAAUACAAGCGAAAAAACGAUGGCCGUGCGAGGAAAGAGGAACGAAACGGCCUCCCACGCGUACUUUUUAUAUACUCGCGCGUCUUAUUAAAUCCCUUUUUCCUUUCCUCUUCAAAGGCCUGUCAUGCAGGCUAGUGACAGAAAUAUUUUAAAUUGCGGUUACAUUUAUCCGUCCGUUUUCAUGCGGGAUAAGGCCUUUUACCUUGGGAAAGAGAAAACUGCGUGACCGCUUCCUAGCAGGAAAAAAUUACCGUGGGACAGUAGCUCUGUGGGUUUCUGUGUGCAGCAUACAGUCGAACCUCCACUAACGCCCACCUCUCCACAACGGCCACUCUUUUUUGUCCCGGCAGACAGUCCAUACAUUGGCUCUUAUUUAAACCUCUCUACAACGGCAACGGUACAGCGGCAACGGCAACGGCAGCGCGUCCCCAAUUGCCAAAUUAAUCUCUCGACAAUGACCAGUUUUAUCUGCGACUGACGAAAUUUGAACCGUAUGGCGCGUUAAUGAGUAAUCGCGGCAAUCGUAUUUUGAUUGUGUCCCAUUUAUAGUGUUGCAGUAAGCAUAAAUUGUCUACAAUAGUCAGGGCUAUCAUUAAGGGCUGGGGGUGGGGGAUUUUCCCUGGCUAUUAUGAACGUGACCCCCGCCUACUUUUAUAGGAAUAUAGAAGAAAAAUAGAACCAAACAAAAUCGCUAGCUGUUGGAUUCCCCGCCUGCUUGUAUCAUUAGCCCGGCAACUUGAAAUUUUAAUGACAGCCCUGAAUAAUUAUAGCGAUUGUUGCGACCCUGGCUAGUUUUGUCAAGCUCACAUUUUGAUAGAAAACAUUAUUUAAGUUUUUUAGUGUAUUCUAUCUCUAUAUGUCAUUUAUGAUUGGAUUACCAUUAUGGGAUACAGUAAGGAUGAACUUGCCAUAAUAAACAUUUUGUACUCCCCUAAAAAAAUUGUCAUGAUUACACCCCUACCCAUAACGGCCACCUCUCCACAACGGCCACUUUCUUCUGUCCCCAAGGUGGCCGUUGUGGAGAGGUUCCACUGUAUAAAUGGAAACGACAAAAAUUUAAAGAGAUGUUUGUCUCGGGUUCCUUAAAUCCCGCAAAGAGACAACCAAUCAGUGGGCUGCUUUUAAAUAUCCCGCGUGAAGAUGACCCACACGCGGUAAGUACGGCGGGAAACAGGCGCGUAUAACCGCUCUUAACUUAAUUGUAUGUUCCCAUCAGGUUUGUUUGCGCUUUUCUUCAUACUUAAUGUACGUUCAUAUUAUUUGUUCAUUGACAAUUGUGUAUUUUUCUGUAGAAUGUACUUUCAUUCAGAGACAACCCUUCCCAUUAGAACUGCAGAGAAAGAACAUGAUAGCGAAGACGAAACAAUUCCUGAAUGGAUGAGAGUCAAGACUAUUCAGGUGUUUAUCUGAUUUGAUUGAUUUUUUUAGCCAAAACCACAGUAGAGACCUUCAGAUCCUAAGACGAGAACAACUACGAGGGUGAGAGUUUAGAAGAAGUGCGGGCGCGUGAACUAGCGUCAUUUGGCGGGAAAACGUGAUAGCCGUCGUCAUUCUACUACGAGAUUUAGCUAGAAAGUCUUGGUGACGGAAAUAAGUCAUCAAAUAUCAGACGGUUCAUGAUUUUGCGAUCUGGAGAGGGCUUAACCUCGUUUAAUAAAACUGAUAACCUUGCUAUCCUCUCUGGUGACAAAAGUACAAUAUAACUUUCCGGGGUGUAUAUCAUUUUUGGAGAAUAAGCGAAAAACGUUUUGGUGAAUUCUCGUCAUUGUAGUCGUCCUCGAAUCUCGGACGAUUUGUUUUGAUUUUCUUUCUCAUUGGGAGACAAAAUGACGCGAGAUUCUUUUAGCCAAUCACUGAGCGAGACAAUGCAAAUUAAGCUGUAGUGAAAUUACUUUCGUGAGUCAUCCGGAUACCGCUUCAUUUGGAGCAAAUAAAACGUACCUUCUUGCGACAUAUAGUCUGAAAAUUAUUUCUCUGAAUGUUGUCGUAUUUGUCACAGUGUUUCUAGUAAAUGAUGGUAUCUUUGUUUCAUUUGUUAACUUCAGUUGAUAGAUGAAUUUACAGACGUCAACGACGGAGAGAAAGAACUGAUGAAGCUUUGGAAUCUUCAUAUGAUGAAAAACAGGUUGGAAAAAUGUUCUUUAUCAAUAAUACAGUUGAACCUCCAUUAGGUGUUCUCCCUCGAGGUACCGGAAAGUGGCCGCUCACUAGAGGUUCGUGAUAAAUCCGCAGCAUAAUCUUUGGCGGAAACAUCACUUUAUUAGUAUAGGUAAUAGCAUGAUUUGUAGUGCCGGAUAUUUGGCAUAAAUACUACGAGAGAUAUUUCAAAAUUGUUAUACGUAAUUUCACGAGCCGUUAGGCGACUGAAAUUUGAGACAACUUUGAAAUAUCACAAGUGAUAUUUAUGCCAAAUAUCACGUACAAAUCAUGCUAUUAUUUGUUUAUACUACUACCCGUAAAAGGUUUGUAAUUUUCACAUGUAGGUAUUUCAAAUUAAGCUGAAAUACCACUGCUCUAAGCCAACCAAAUUGCAGAAGUUUCUCAUGUAGUAGUAUAAUGAAUCAAACACGCGACAGGGGAAACAUCACUGGUCCACAAUCGGUCGUCACUUUCUAUCUCGUACUGUAUUUUCCCUCAUUAUAAUCUUAAAAUGAAGCCAAACUGAGUGUAUAAAAUGCUUGAUGGCCGCUUAACAGAGGUGAGAACAAUGGGAGAACUCUCGUUGGGACGGUGAGAAGAUGGCCGCGGCCGCCUAACAGAGAUGGCCGCUAAAUAGAGGUUUAAUUUACCAUUCAUUCAGUCUACAAUUAUUUCGGAUCUUUGAUUACUGGCCGCUUACUUGAGGGUGGCCGCUUAAUGGGGUUCAACUGCAAUUAUAUUAAAACAGCAAGCAAAAGCGUAAAGCUCGUACGUGCAAACCCGGAAAACGCAAGCAUGAGAACAUUACCUCCUUUUCCGACAUGUUGAAUUCAAAUUUGAAAUGAUUAACCAACAUUAGCACCAAAAUUUUAUGCCAUUGGCGGCUGCGCUUCUGUUAUCGCCCGUGUAAAUGCUUGAGCUUAAAUGGUCUAUGUUUAUGUUUUAACUUCGUACGUAUAAAAUCUUAACAGACGUUCCUUUUCUUUUUCAGUUACAUUGCUGACUUCCAAGUUAUAGAGGCAUGCCGUUCAUUUAUCGAUAACUACAGCCAGAGACUCAAGGAAAAAAAUCUGGAAAGGAAUUUUCUGCUUCAUCUGGUGAAUCUACACGACUUUAACUUGAUAACCUCUUCUCAGAUCGAGGAAAUAACUGCGAAGUUAAGAGAAAGCUGGAAAGGGCGGGCUCCCUCGACUAGCUGAUCCUUGCAAGCGAUUUCAUAAGAAACCGAGUUUCAAUGUUUAGAAGUCACCAGAAGCUGAAAUAUUUGGUCAGUUUUAGCUUUGCAGACUGUUACGACAGUAAUUUCUCGUGUUACUGUUUGCUUCGAACACAAUUCGUUCAUUUAAAAGUGAAGAAAGUUCGAUUUGCUAAAUAAUGAAAAAACGUUUGCAUAUACAAUAUUAUUUAGCCUUAACAAACACCUUUAUAAAACCAUACCUGGAAUACAUUGGAAACAGUUUGUUGUAUUUCGGCUCAGUAACUUUUGUUUGAAUGGUUACACUUUAAAAUUUCAUCCACAGACUCAAAGUUAGAACAACCUUGUACAGCAUAAUAAAAAGUACCACUGGAGAGUACUGCUCAGUAGCUGCACUUGAAUGGCAAGACUUUGAGCUUUCAUCCACAGACUCACUGGCAAACAUCAUAACAACCUUGUACAGCACGAUAAACACUACCCUAGGAUAGGUUAUUGUCCACAGACUGGAAAGUCAGAACCACCGUGUACAGUGUAAUGAUCCGUACCGCAGAAAAGUACUGCCCUGUAGCUGUCAUUUGUAUGGCCAGCCUUUAAACUUUCAUUCAUUGACUCACUGGCAAACAACCUUGUAUCGCACAAGAAACACUACUACUGACAGGAUUAUGUUCUCGUCCACAGACUCCAAAGUUAGAUUCCUCUUAACAGCUUACAUCUUCGGAUAGUGGUGCCGUUUCUCUCGACCCGACUGACUGCUCCUGGGUCUUCAUAAACCAGAUUACAUAUUUAGCAAUCAAAUUUUUUGAAGACUUUUUCUUCAGCCCGCGAACGACGGCUACGGUGGAAAACAAAAAUUAAAAAGGGGGACGUUAAGCGAUAGGCCCCAUUUUGGUUCGUAGUCAAAAUAUCAACUGAAUGUAUUAUUUACAAAAGUAUUCCAACUCUAGCUCGUGACGGUAGCUUGAUCCUAGGAAAUAGACUUAAAUUCAGUAUUAUUUUGUUCAGGUUAGCUUUAGCUUUAGAGCGACGUCUUUAAUGCAACUUUGAGCUUCAAAUUAUUGUUGCUACAGAAUCAACAAAUAUUAAUAGUUGAGCUCUUUCCGUUAACGGCAUCAAUUAGUUGCACGACUUUCUUUUGUGCAGUUUUCCCACAAAUAUCGUAGGAAAUGUUUCGCCGAGAACAGUGGUGAAAAGACAGGUUAAGAAAUAUGGCAAUCGUAUCCUCACAAUAGCAGGCACAUAGUUUUUUUACAAUUAAAAGUAAUAAAUCAAACUAAGCACACAGUGUUUCGUACAAUUUUCAGACACCGACUGUGACAGUUGCCUGAAAACGACACACAAGAGAAUUUUAUGACUCUUUGAGACACUGAGGGGAACAUUCGAUAUAGCUCUCAAAUGAACAAUAAUUCUGGGAGAGGUGCAAGAUCUUAAGGAAAUUUAAUAAGAUCCGAUACCUAAACCACCGUCCCUUUGUUUUCUCUUCGUGAAUUAUUAAUGAGUUUGAGACAUUGUGGUAGUGACCUAAUCUGUUAUGUACAUACUAGUGUAACGAUUGUACCCGCUUGUAUAUAGCCGUAUUUUUCUUAUUUGGAGUGGUUCGUGGAUGCUUAUCAACUAGGUAGACUUAUUUCACUUUGUAAUUCGAAAAUCAUUACGCGCGAUUCUUGUACAAAAGGAAGUGAAACAUAUUUUUCUAUUUAUUUGAUAAGAAAUGGUCACACUUUGCUCUUUAAGAAGGUUAUUGCCCAAUUCAUAUUAUUAUAACCCUACCCUCGUACUACUUGUUCUUGCCGUUACAACGGUCUCUUUAUGGUACUAUAAUAUUUGUUAUUGUCAAAUUCAUUUGAUCUGAUUCCCAUGCUAUGACGUGAAUAAAACUAUUAGUGAAAGAAGAAGUUAUCGUCAGUUUGAUUCAAAGCAGC